AAAGGUUGGCGACCGACUAACGAUAAGCAGCACCCAGGCAACGUUAGCGCGUAUCAUCCUUUUACUGUCUAUGGUAUUAUCUCUGAAGCUCGCGUCAAAUAUUCAUUGAAAAUAUAUGAAUUAUGGUUCAAAAGGGUUAGCCUUUUACCGCUGUACUUCAAGUGGACACCAGUUAAAACUAGAUUGCUGUGGACAUUCAACAGAAGAUGAGUUUCGAGGCAAAGCGAUGUGGAGUGCAGUUCACUCCUCCCUCUAUAGUUUUAAUUUAUGAACACAAGGAAACUAAACAUGUGCGAAAAAGAAUAAUACCUGUGCGGAACUUCUCAAAAUAUUCUGACUACAGCAUGGCUGCAGAAAGGCUGAAGAACCACCCUCGGCACAGGGACUACCUGGAGGGUGUGUCCCAGAGCCAGUUGGAGAAGCUUCACAUCAUCCUGCGCAAUCACAUGCAAGGCUUCAGCUUGGAACACAGCAUGGCUUCGUUCCGCCUGGACCCCGACGAAGACCUCAACAAACUGGACGACGACGAGCUGGCUCGCAAGAAGGGCCAAAUGGACGAACUGUUCGAAAAGAACCGGAAGCGCAAAGACGAUCCUGACUUUGUUUACGAUCUGGAAAUGGAUUUCACCAAGACCGCCCAAGAAAACUGCAGCUGGGACGACGAGUCCGAUGAUGGAUUUUGAAACUUUGUUAUUCCAAUACUUUCUCCGACCUUUCCGACUGAAUGAUCAGUCAACACACUGAUGUUCUAUUAGAUAACAGGGAAAUCUGACAGAUGUUUUGUCCAUCCCAGGGCCAUUUCCAUCAACAAGGGAGGUAGCAACAUGGCUUUGUGUAAACAUACGCGUCACUUUCCUAAAGCCAAGUGGCGUGUUAUCUGUACGCAUUUUGAGCUAUCCCCGUGUAUGUCUACACUGUAUACACAUGGGGCGUCGUCGGGUUUAGGAAAAGAACAUUGGGAAAGGCUUUAGUAACACACAAAAAUGACAAAAACAACGGUGAUGUCAAAUGCUUAGGGAAACAAUAAACGGUUGGAUUUAGGAAAGAAACAUCGGGGAAGGUUUAAAAAAAAAAAAAAAAAAAGGUUGAAAAACGCCACACGUGGGUUAAAAGUCCUGUUUUACCGAUCCACCGCCUCAACCAACCUCUGCGGACUUACGUCCUUUCAUACUACUCGCUACGGCAAAAAUUCACACGUCGGUCAACGGCGUUGAUAAACACGCUAAAAGCGAUUAUGCAUCUUGAUAACACGCCAAAAUGGCAUAAGAAUUUGCGUGUCAUACACACGCCACUUUAUGAGAUCAGUCUGGAGGUAGACUAAAUAUUAGAAACGCCACAGCGCUUUUCCACAGCUACAGUGGCUGAACAGAAGAAUAGAACACUAUAGCACAUAACAUGUUUUGUUUAAGAAUGGCAAUGAAUGAGAUACUGCUUAAAUAGUGAAUAUUUAUUUUGUUAUAAAAUACUGAAUUUUAUAAAAUACAAAGACUUUGGCUCGUUUAUUUGUGGCUUACACCUAAGUGAGUGAUAUUCACAGUUGAAUAGAAGAUGCUAAAAUCCUAUUAAAUAAAA